AGAGGGGGCGUAGUUCCCGGGCCUAGCCACGACUCUUCAGUUCGGCUUUCCUGGUCCGCAUCGCCUGGUGGCAGUCGCGGGGUGCAUCCCUCUGGGACCAGGCAUCCAAAGUGUAACAGGCUGCCAACUCGUAUGCCCAGGCUUUAGGAAGCUGCUGAGAUCAGACAAGCCUGCUGUGUCUCCUGAAUGGAGGCUGAUCUGUCCGGCUUUAACAUCGAUGCUCCCCGCUGGGACCAGGGCACUUUCCUGGGGCGUGUGAAGCACUUCUUUAACAUCACGGAUCCUCGCACUGUCUUUGCAUCCGAGCAGGAGCUGGACUGGGCCAAGGUGGUGGUGGAAAAGAGCAGGAUGGGACUUGUGCCCCCUGGCACUCAGGUGGAGCAGCUGCUCUAUGCUAAGAGGCUUUAUGACUCGGCCUUCCACCCUGACACUGGGGAGAAGAUGAAUGUCAUCGGGCGGAUGUCCUUCCAGGUCCCUGGUGGCAUGAUCAUCACGGGUUUCAUGCUCCAGUUCUACAGGACGAUGCCUGCGGUGAUCUUCUGGCAGUGGGUGAACCAAUCCUUUAACGCCUUGGUCAACUACACCAACAGGAACGCGGCCUCCCCCACGUCCGUCAGGCAGAUGGCCCUCUCCUACUUCACAGCUACCACCACUGCUGUGGCCACUGCAGUGGGCAUGAACAUGUGGACCAAGAGAGCUCCACCCUUGGUGGGCCGAUGGGUGCCUUUUGCUGCCGUGGCUGCCGCUAACUGUGUCAAUAUCCCAAUGAUGCGACAGCAGGAACUCAUCCAGGGCAUCUGCGUGAAGGACAGGAGCCAAAAUGAGCUUGGCCAUUCCCGGAGAGCCGCGGCUGUGGGCAUCACACAAGUGGUUAUUUCUCGGAUCACCAUGGCAGCCCCUGGCAUGAUCCUGUUGCCAGUUGUCAUGGAGAGGCUAGAGAGACUACACCUGAUGAAGAAGGUGAAGGUGCUGCAUGGUCCGCUGCAGGUCCUGCUGUGUGGCUGCUUCCUACUCUUCAUGGUGCCAGUGGCAUGUGGACUCUUCCCUCAGGAAUGCAAAUUACCAGUUUCCUAUCUAGAGCCAGAGCUACAGGACACCAUCAAGGCCAAGUAUGGAGAACAGGUUCUCUUCGUCUACUUUAAUAAGGGUCUCUAAGUGCUCCGUGCCUGCGAGGACCAAUUCGUACGCCAUGUGGACCCGCUUUUCCCUGGCAGCUGUACAUACCUGUGUCUACAUUCCUUUUUGCCAUAAUGUCUGAAAGGCAGGCUAGAUGGAGAAAUAGAGUAGCCUCUAUUUGGGUGGGGAAAUGGUUCCUGCUUCUAUAUAAGCACCUAAUUUAUUGGACUCCAGAGGGCAAAAAUUCAAAAGGGGAUCAAGGUGGUUGGGGGUGUAGCUUGGUUGGGAGUGUGUGCCUAGCAUUCACAAAGCUCCGGAUUUAAUUCUGUGUACCUAUGAUUCAGGCAUAGUUUUAUAUGCUUGUGAUCCCUAUACUUAAGAGGUAGAGGCAGGAGGAUUAGAAGUUCAAAGUUGACAGGUAGUGGUUGGUGGCACAUGCCUUUAGAUUCAGGAGGCAGAGGCAGGGUGAUCUCUGAGUGUGAGGCUAGCCUGGUCUAUAGAGCUAAUUCCAGGAUAGCCAAGGCUACACAAGAGAAAUCUUGUCUCAAAAAUAAAAAUCACCAAAACAAAUAAACAAACCUCCCAAAAGUUCAAAGUUAGCCUUAGCUACAUGGGGAAUUCCAGGGCAGCCUGAAUUAGAGACUGACUCAAAAAAGCAAGGGAGGGAACAAGGGCAAAUUAUUCUGCCUGCUUUGUCCUUGACCCCUGACCCUUGGGACCAGAAGCUGAGGCCUUCUCAGCAGAGGUUGCUGGCGUCUGGGAGAUGCUCACAAAGUUUAGAAUAAUUAGAAAGCAUGUGGUUCUUGUCCAGUCAGGACAGAAGAGACACUAAUCCCUCCCUCUUCUCCUGCUUCCUCCUUCCUAAGCAUGGGAAACAUCUACCUGUGUAAUUCUUUAAAAAGCUUUUUAUCAUGUUUUUUAAAGUCAUGGGUGGGUGUUUUGCCUUCAUGUAUGUCUCUGCAUGCAGUGACCACAGAGGUCAGAGAGCACGUCAGACCCUCUGAAACUGGAAUUACCACUGUGUGCCAUCUUGUGGUCAAACCCUGGUCCUCUGAAAGAGCAGCCACUGCUCUGAACUGCUGAGCCAUCUCCCCGGCUUCUCUUCAGGAAGAGGAGGAGGAGCAACGGGCACCUUGUUGGGGACUCACCUCUGCUCUUCCCCAGUAUGUCCUCUCUGGACUGUCUCCUUGAGAAUGCUGCUAGAUUGAGUUUUUCAGGUCCUUGGAGUUAUUUGUACUAAACAAACAAACAAGCAAGCAAACAAAAAACAUGGAUAAGUAGUUCCUUUCCUCAGCCCAUUUGCUCUCAUACCAAAGAGGAAUGGGACACCUGUGAGCGGGAAUCCCCCAGGACCACAGCCUUAAAGUAUGCAGGAGGGGCUGCAGGGCAGCACGCACCUUUAAUCCAUACUCAGUGGGCAGAGGCAGGUGGAUCUCUGAGUUGGAGGCCAGCCUGGUCUACAGAGUGUGUUCCAGGACAGCCAGGGCUACACAGAGAAACCCUGUGUUGAAAAAACAAGGAAAAUAAAAGUGUAGGGGUAGACAGCCAUUUCCCCGAAGUUAUGUGGGCCAUUGGGUUCUGUUCCUUUGAAAAAUGACUAUUCUGUCUUAAAAUCAUGUCCAGAUCUACUUCUGGGACCUUCAGCUGAGAGGUCUCUUCCCUCGUUGCCUUCUCUGUUUUACAAGCCGAGUCCCUCACCGGGUGUGAAGGCACCUGUCACGUGUUUCAGCGGGAUGAGUCCCUGCUGGCCUCACCCCCUCAGCUCAUUAGGUCACAUAGCAAAGAGAACGCCGAGUCCUGAUGGGAUGGGGAGCUUCACUUGGACACCUCAGACCAGAAGUCCACCAGGGCCAAGGAGCCAAAGGCAGGCACAGAGGGCGGCUUCAGUUCCCUCCUGUUCUUUGAGCCCCUGGGGACUGGCUUACCUGGGGUCAGUGUGUAUAUGUGCUUUGUCUGUCAAGAUUUGCUGAUUCUGUUCAAACGCGCCAUUCUGAAUUGAAUAAACGAUUUGAAAGAACAUGAAA